AUGGACGACGAUGAAUCUUUCGACUUUGAUGCCGAGGCGGCAAUGCGAGAAGAAAUGGGAUUCAGUUCCUUCUCCACUCGACGUCCCAAAGCUCAGCCUGACAGCUCAUUCCAACAAUCAAACACAGCCACGACCACCAACAAGCAAACAGACAAAACCACAGCCACAAACAUAGACAGUUCUCCCAACGAGUCCUCAUCCACAACCAAAUUUCGGACGCAGUCCUCACCCACGCUUUCUUCCAAAACUACCUUAACGACCGCAACCUCGCUGGCAUACGUAUUCACGUCGCCAGUGAGCAACACAUACUACACGCGUACAGACCUGGAGGAAUGGGCACGUGGCAAAGUCAACGCAAACGGCGACACAGUGUACUUCAAACCCGGCUUUGUCUCGAUUGACCCUUGGGCAAGGAACCGAGGCAAGGACAAGGAGGUGAGUGAGGGAUGA